GCGGGCGCUUAUCCCCGGGGAGCGGCGGCGCCGGGAGCGAACCCCGCACCGCGCACCGCACCGGCCCUGCCGCGCACGGCGACAUGGACGAGGAGCGGGAGACUCUGCAAAGGAUUGUCAGUACUCUAGUGAACAAAAAUGACGAAAUUCACAACUUCAUUGACAUGCUGAACCAUACCAUAUCGAAUGUUCAGGUGAACUCUUCUAAUGCCAUCAGCGAGCUGGAUGAGGAGUUUGAUGGUCUGUAUUCUGUACUGCAUGAGAUGAAGGGCAGUAUGGCCAACACUAUUCAGCAAGAAGAAGCCCGUAAAAUUCAAGCACUCCAGGAUCAGCUUAGCCAGUGCAGCCGUGCCCUGGAGAGCUCAGAAGAGCUGCUGGAGCUCGCAGUGCAGUCGCUGGACAUAAAGAACCCCGUGGAGCUCUUAGAGGCUGCCAGACAGAUCAAAGAUAGUGUCACAGUGGCUUCAGCAUUCCGUCUCUCUCUGAAACCAAAAGUCAGUGACAGUAUGACUCAUAUGAUGGUGGACUUCGCYCUGGAAAAGCGCAUGCUCCAAGCUGUCAAGUUUUUGCCAGUCCCUAAAGCUCCCGAGAUAGAUGUAGCAGCAUGUCUGGUUGCUGACAACUGYAUAACAAUAUCGUGGAGAAUGCCUGAGGAGGACAGCAGAAUUGACCAUUUUGUGCUGGAGUACAGGAAAACCAACUUUGAUGGGCUCCCUCGACUGAAAGGUGAACAGCGUUGGGAGCUGGUUGACUACAUUAAAGCUACUCAAUACACAUUAUCAGGUCUGAAAUUUGAUACAAAAUAUAUGAACCUUAGAGUACAAGCUUGCAACAAAGCUGUGGCAGGUGAAUACUCUGACCCCGUGACUCUGGAAACCAAAGCAUUUGUGUUCAGUUUGGACAGUACUUCAUCUCACCUGAACUUGAAAGUUGAAGACACCUAUGUUGAAUGGGAUCCUACUGGAGGCAAAGGGCAAGAAAAAAUAAAAGGGAAGGAAAAUAAAAACAGUGGCCAGAAUCCUCUACUGAAGAGCAAUAGAAGAAGCAACACAGCAUCUCCGAAGAGAUCCACCAACAGCCCGAGAGCCUCAGCGAGGGGCGGCCGGGAUCGCUUUGCUGGUGAAUCCUACACGGUGCUGGGAGACACCGCUGUUGAAAGUGGACAGCAUUACUGGGAAGUGAGAGCCCAGAAGGACUGCAAAUCCUACAGCGUGGGAGUCACGUACAGAAACCCAGGGAAGUUUGACCAGCUAGGAAAGACUAACUCGAGCUGGUGCAUCCAURUCAACAACUGGCUGCAAACCACAUUCUCAGCAAAGCAUAACAAUAAAGCAAAGACUCUUGAUAUACCUGUCCCAGACAGAAUAGGAGUAUACUGCGACUUCGAUGGAGGUCAGCUCUCAUUUUAUAAUGCAAGCUCAAAGGCGCUGUUACACACCUUCAGAACAAAGUUUACCCAGCCAUUGCUACCAGGCUUCAUGAUCUGGUGUGGUGGACUCACAGUGAGUACUGGAUUGCAGGUGCCAAGUGCUGUGAAAACUCUUCAGAAGAGUGAAAAUGGAUUGGGGGGUUCAACAAGCAGCCUAAACAAUGUUGCCUAGUAAUGUCUGCUCAACACUUCUGUUGCUGAAUGUUUUUGUUUUUCUGUGUAGCUACUCAGAGAAGCUUGUGAGCAUUGGGUUAUACGGGGUUUGCUACCUUCUGCUGUUUAGGGCCUGGGUACUGAUAGUGCUAAAGGUUUGGGGCUAAAGUGUUACGAACCAGUUCUGGGAAUCCAGAAAAAUGUCCAAAAGCUGAACUGUUGCCUACUUUAAAAAAAAAAAAAAAGAAAAAGAAACCAAGAGCUGUAACUAUGUACUUUUCUAAUGCUAUAUUUCAAGCAUUUUGUUAUGGGCUUGAAUAUUAGUUUUGUUACAAAUACUAUUUUUCUAUGAAGAAUAUAGCAAAUUCCAGUUUUUUAGCUCUCCUAUUACGAAUUACUUAUGUAWUUAAUUACUGCUAGGCUUUCCAUUAGAAGUUGUGAUUUCCAAAAUACAUUUUGAAAACAGACUGGUUUACUGGCCUAGCCUGGCAAAAUAUCACAGUUACAUGUUUUCAGUAGGAUAUCAUGAGAAUGGGUAGGCCUYGUAUGAAGAAACAGUAAGAGCAGGCUGUGAUUACUUUUCUCCCGCUUGAUAUAGAAUCUUCCUGUUUUCCACAGAUAACUGAUUUUUUAAAUUGUGUAUAUUGAGAUUAGCUCCUGUUUACCACAAUCUCAUUAAUUACAUUCUUAUUUCAUUAGAAAAUGUAAAUAUGUACAGGUGUUCUAUCACCUUGACUCCUAUUUCAAACUUAAUAGAACAGUAGUCAAAUGAUUUGUAAUAGUGGGAGAGCUAAAAAAAUUUUAAAAUCAUGUUAUAUUCUUCGUGGAAAAUCCCAGCUUGUCAGUGGGAAUUACUUGGUUACUACAGACUUUUUAAAUCUGCUUUCUUCCCUCUAAUCAAGUCGAGGAGCCUAGAAAUAGUUUUCAGGUACACUCUUGAAUCAGGUGUUUCCUAAAUGAAGCUUGCUUUCUGGUAUCACCUGAAAACUAGUAUAAAUUCAUGGUCCAUAAUGAUUUGGCUCAUUUGCUAAAUGGGCCAGUAUAAAUUUUUCCUUCCAUGUAUCCUUUAGUACAUGAAACCAUGAGCAUCUAAUCAUGUUAAGCCUCAGUAUUACCAAUGGCUCCUUUCUGUCCAUCACAAUUUCUCAAGAGGAGGAGAAAUUCCUUAAGACACCUUCUAAUAAACUGCCURUGGUGUUCAGUGUAAAGUUAAAAUUAGCAAGGAAAUGUAGGUACCUGUUCUCGAAAGUGUUAUUUUUUUGAGGAUUCAUGAAGUCAACAGGUUGGCUGAGCCCUAAAUGUUUAUUUUGUAUCUGGAACUCGAGCAUCUCUUAAUUAUUUGCAUUGUGAACUUGUAAUCUCUUUUUGCAGAGGAAAGUGCAAAACAGUUCCCAAUUUAACUGUACCUUCUUCUGCCUGUUCUGUUGCUGGGCUUUGGAGCAAACAUACUCAGAGGUGAUGUGGUUCUUGGUCAAGUGUCUGAAUCUGUUGCACACGUUAUCUGCAGAUGUUACUGUUAAGCUCGGUGUGUAAUCUUUUCUCUUUCCAUUUUACUGCAAUGGACACCUGCUUAGGAGUUCUUGGGGAUAAACUGCUACAAACUCAGUUUUGAGGCCAGUUCUAGUCCAGGGCUGUGACACACAGACACCAGGACAGACUGGCCACCUCCUUGUCAUCACCACCAUGUCUUGAUCUUAGGUGUUCAGCUGCAGUUCCUCUUCAAAUUUCCCUUUGUGGAAAGAAAGGGGAUGUUUACAACCAUCUGUGUAGUAAGAACCAUGAGUAUUUUCCAGCCCUCUACAAGAACAUUUAAAUUAUGAAGGKUUUUUUUUCUGUUUUUUCUUUUUUUGGGGGGGAGGAGUGUUGUUUUUGUUUCUGUUAGCAACUUGUAGUGUAACCUGCAAGGUGAAUUUGAGGUAUACCCAUGUAAAAAUGUAAUUUUUCUUUAACAGUUAGUUAGGAAAGCUUGGAAGUGUUUCAUACUGUGACUUGUGACUUGCAAGUUUUGGUUUAACUGAUGUCCUAGGUGAACUUUAAUAUGUGACUUUUUACGCUUAAAAUGAUGGAUUUGUUAUAUAAUAGUUUGCACAGAUGUCAAAUUUUUGCUGCUAACAUCUAGUCCAAUUGUUUUUAGUAAAUGGGGAUAUGAAGAAUUGCCUUAAGCACUUUAGAUAUUUUUUUAGACUGGUUUUUUUUUCUGAACUAGUGUCUCUCCAGCACCCACCAUCAUAGGAAGGUGAGUGACACCACACUGCUCGCAGUUAUGCUUUUUGUUGCAGUUGGUGUGUGGUUUGUACCUGCAGCUGGACAGGGAUGCCUGGAGCCUGUGGAGUUAGCUUUUCCUUUGUGAAUCACUUUCAGGGAUUGUAGUGGCUGUUCUUUGGCAGUGGAUUWGACUUUUUAAGGUCUGUAGGUUUGCCCUGUAGUUGAAUCCACCUGCCACGUGCUAUUUACUAUUAAUUACUUUGGAGCUGAUACUGCAUGGUGGCUAAUCAGGAGUUUUCUGCUCUAUGACCAAAAGGAGAUGCUUAAUUAUUUUUUUUUAACUACUGACUAUUGGUAUUUUAACUCCAAAGGCCUGACUUUAGAGGAACUGAAGGUUUUCCUUGAGUAUUAAUACAUCAAAUGAGCAUAACUUUCAUUGUCCUGUGGAAAACUAUGAGGAGGGCUGUGGAAACUGCAGCUAGGGAURUCACUGUCAGAUAGGAUUAUUAAAAAAGCCAACAAACAAACAAAAAAACAUCCAGGGGAUAAAAAAAAACUUCUGUAAAUACCAAACAGCCAGGGCAGAGGUGGCAGGUUCAUUUCCUAAAAAUGCCAGAAAAGCAGACACUGCUUAGAGGCAGGCAGUGUGUGGCAUAACACCACAGCACAGGUGUUUCCUCACCCCUCGCAUGUUUCAGAUGGAGACCGAGGGAACCACCUGAGAGCGUGUGGGGCUUGUCCGUGUUUUUAUGUUGAGGACUCCGGGGUGUUGGAUGGACGCUGACCGUGGCUUGUGUUGAUGUCGUGUCCUAGCGUCGCUAUUUUUGGGUGUCCUGUGGCAGGGGCAGCCUGGCCGUGGGUUUCCUUCGGAGCAGACCCCGGUGAUCCCACAGUUCCCGGUGAUCCCGGUAGUCGAGCAUCCCUGCCCGGAGUCCCUCGGCAUGAAGAAGGGUGUGAGGGGCCCGUCCGCGUGUGACGCGAUGUUUUGUACUAAUACAGAAAUCUGGAACCCUGUGUCUCUCUC